GUCAGAGGCAGUAGCUGAGUGAGAUGGGCGUUCGUCUGCGCUGCUGGAGGGACUCCCCCUGGUGGCCGCUGCUGCUGCUGCUGCUGUCCUGCGGCGCCCCCCGCUGCUCAAGCCGGCCGUUCGGGAUCCCCUCCCCCUCGGUGAACGUGGCGGUGGUCUUCAGCGGCUCCGCCUACCAGACGGAGAUCAAGGGGCGCCUGAGCCGGGAGAACUUCAUGGACCUGCCGCUGGAGGUCAACCCCAUCACCGUGCUGGUCAACAACACCAACCCGCGGGCGCUGCUCACCCGCAUCUGCGACACGCUGUCCACCAACCGCGUCCAUGGCGUGGUGUUCGAGGACAACGUCGGUUCUGAGGCCGUGGCGCAGAUCCUGGACUUCAUCUCCACGCAGACGGCCGUGCCCAUCGUGGGGAUCAGUGGGGGCUCCGCCGCCGUCCUGCCGUACAAGGGUGAGGGCUCCAACUUCCUGCAGCUGGGCUCGUCCAUCGACCAGCAGAUCAACGGGAUGUUCAAGGUGAUGGAGGAGUACAACUGGGACAGCUUUGUGGUGGUGACCAGCCUGUACCCGGGCUACGAGGCCUACGUGGACUACAUCAAGUCCUUCACCGACACCAGCUACUUCAUGUGGGACGUGCAGGACGUGCUGACCUUCGACAUGUCGGCCGACAGCACCAACGACGUGCGCGCCCGGCGGCUGCUGCAGCAGAUCGACGCCCAGGUGCUGCUGGUCUACUGCUCCCACGAGGAGGCGCAGUACCUGUUCUCCAUGGCGGCCGAGGCGGGGCUGGUGGGGCCGGGCUACAUCUGGAUCGUCCCCAGCAUGGCGGUGGGGAACCCGGACGUGCCGCCGCCGGACAGCUUCCCCGUGGGGCUGAUCAGCAUCAUCACGGACCGCUGGAGGAUGAGCCUGAGGAAGCGGGUGCGGGACGGCGUGGCCAUCGUGGUCAAGGGCGCCGAGAGCUUCCGGAAGCAGCGGGGCUUCGUCCCCGAGGGGCACAGCGACUGCCACGGCCCGGGCAAGGCGGCGGCCGCCAACGACACGCUGUUCAGGCACAUGCUGAACGUCACCUGGGAGCACAACGACUUCUCCUUCAACGCAAACGGCUACCUGGUCAAUCCGUCCAUGAUCGUCAUCACUCUGGACCGGGAGAGACAGUGGGACAAGGUGGGUACCUACGAGGGCAGCAUCCUGCAGAUGCGGUACCCGGUGUGGCCGCGGUUCGGCUCCUACCUGGAGCCGGUGUCGGAUUACCGGCACCUGACGGUGGCGACGCUGGAGGAGCGGCCCUUCGUCAUCGUGGAGGCGGUGGACCCAGUGACAGGGACGUGUGUCAGCAACACGGUGCCCUGCAGACGGCAGUCCAACAAGACGGAGACCAUUGUGGGCCACACGGAACCCUACACCAAGCUGUGCUGUAAGGGCUUCUGCAUCGACAUCCUGAAGAAGCUGUCCCGCACCACCAAGUUCUCCUACGACCUGUACCUGGUCACCAACGGCAAGCACGGCAAGCUGGUGCGGGGCGUCUGGAACGGCAUGAUCGGAGAGGUCUUCUACAAGAGGGCUGACAUGGCCAUCGGUUCUCUGACCAUCAACGAGGAGCGUUCGGAGAUCAUCGACUUCUCGGUUCCGUUCGUGGAGACGGGGAUCAGCGUGAUGGUUGCCCGGAGCAACGGGACGGUGUCUCCGUCGGCGUUCCUGGAGCCGUACAGCCCAGCCGUCUGGGUCAUGAUGUUCGUCAUGUGUCUGACUGUCGUGGCUAUCACCGUCUUCGUCUUCGAGUACUGCAGUCCCGUCGGCUACAACCGCAGCCUGGUGACAGCCAAAGAUCCCGGCGGUCCCACCUUCACCAUCGGGAAGUCGGUGUGGCUGCUGUGGGGAAUCGUCUUCAACAACUCGGUUCCCAUCGAGAACCCUAAAGGGACCACCAGUAAGAUCAUGGUCCUGGUCUGGGCCUUCUUCGCCGUCAUCUUCCUGGCGUCCUACACGGCCAACCUGGCGGCCUUCAUGAUCCAGGAGCAGUACAUCGACACGGUGUCGGGCCUCAGCGACAAGAAGUUCCAGAAGCCGCAGGAGCAGUACCCUCCGUUCCGCUUCGGAACCGUUCCGAACGGCAGCACCGAGCGGAACAUCCGGAGCAACUACCCCGAGAUGCACGCCCACAUGGUGAAGUACAACCAGAAGGGCGUGGAGGACGCGCUCAACAGCCUGAAGACGGGGAAGCUGGACGCCUUUAUCUACGACGCGGCGGUGCUGAACUACAUGGCCGGGAAGGACGAGGGCUGCAAGCUGGUGACCAUCGGCAGCGGCAAGGUGUUCGCCACCACCGGCUACGGCAUCGCGCUGCAGAAGGACUCCCGCUGGAAGAGGCCCAUCGACCUGGCGCUGCUGCAGUUCCUGGCCGAUGGCGACACCCAGAAGCUGCAGACCGUCUGGCUCACUGGAAUCUGCCGCAACGAGAAGAAGGAGGUGAUGAGCAGCAAGCUGGACAUCGACAACAUGGCGGGCGUCUUCUACAUGCUGCUGGUGGCCAUGGGCCUCAGCCUGCUGGUCUUUGCCUGGGAGCACCUGCUCUACUGGAAGCUGCGCCACUCCGUGCGCAAGUCCGAGCGCCUGGACUUCCUGCUGGCCAUCAGCCGGGGAAUCUACAGCUGCUUCAACGGCGUGGAGCACACGGACCGCAGCAGCGGCCUGCAGAGUCCGGACGUCACCUCCAACUACACCCAGGCCAACAUGCUGAAGAUGCUGAAGACGGCCAAGGACAUGGUGUCCUCCGCCCGGGUGGAGAACUCCCUGGACAACGCCACCAAGACCAUUGAGCACUGGAGCCGGAGGGGGGGCGACGGCGUGCGGGUCGGCCUCCCGCCCAGGGUGACCGCCGGUGACGUGGCUCAUGGCCGUCUGCCCUACGUCUCCAGCAUCACGGACAACCACUCGCCGUACCCCCAGAGGGCCGUCACCCCCACCUUCCCCGUCCACUACGGGGACUCGUCCACCCAGCCGCUCCUAGAGAAGCCGCGGGCGGCGCCCCGGCCCACGCCGCUGCGCUACACGCUGCCCGCCCGCGCCGGGCAGCACGUCCUGGAGAGGACCCUGCCCAUCUCCAGCCUCAGCAGCCCCCACAUCGCCAUGAGGGACCCCGCUCCAUCGGGAACCCCCACCGCCCACCACACCGCCCACCACGGCGGCCGGCUGUACAUGGAAAACCAGCCCCGCCCCGUACCCGCCUCCCCCUUCGUCCCCUACAGGGACUUCCAGGUGCCUGAUAUCUACCUGGAGCACAAGGCGCCGCUCAGGAGGAAGUUCAGCUACCCCCCCGACUGCGUGAGCCGCAGGCGGCGAUCCCACAGCUACCUGUUCGAAGCCGCCGACCCCCGAGCGAGAGGCGAGUACGACGAGCCACGGUCCUGCCUCGCCGAGCUGAGAGCCAACCACCUCCUGAACAACCACGCCCCCGACCCCACCUCCGCAGCGUGCAGCGCCGGACACUACCCCGGCAGCAGCACCAGCUGCAACUCCUGCAUGAAGCCCUACCUGGAGCCCGAGAUGGACGACGUGCCGCUGCUGGGGAAGGACAAGCUGAACCGCCGCGCCUCCUUCCUCAAAGCCACGUGGGGCAACGACAGGAUCCGGCAGGUGGAUGAAACCAAGCCCUCCACCUCUUCCUCCCCCUCCGCCCGAAUGGACAUGCCCGACCUGUUCCCGCGUGUGGUGGUGGCGGCGAAGUCGAAGCCCCACAAGCUGUACGGCAGCCUGGGCCACAACCUGUCCUGCUACCCGCUAGCAGCCGAGCCAGCAUACCUGGACCCGGCCCACAUGGGGUCGUACCCCUACAAGCAGAAGGUGAAGUACUCAGAGUCGACCCGGCUGCCCUCCUACCGGGAGGCCAUCCUGCAGAACGCGGCCGCCCUGCGCCGCUCCUCCUCCACCGUGGUGCACAGACACUACUCCACCUACUUGAACUCGUACACAGACUUGCCGGUGUACGUGGGGCCCCUGGCCCAGGGGCCCCACCACUUCUACGGCGGCUCCCAGGACAUGUGCCACUUGUUUCCCUGUGGCGGCCACUGCCCGGACAGCGCCGCCAUGCUGCCCCGCAUGAGCGAUCGGCCUCUGGUUUACCACAACAACAUGUUCGGGGCUUACGACGGCAUAGGGAAGAGGGAGGAGCCGGGCUCCGGGGCCCGGGACCGGAGGCAGGUGUUGGUGGCACACAGAGUGAACAGUCCCUAUGUGCCAAAGCCCUGGGGCCGGGUGUCCAGCCUGGAGUCAGAGGUCUGA